UAGGACAUAUGCCUCUUCCUGUCCCAGAACAACCAUGGCAAGUGGUUAGCCUAGACUUCAUCACCGGGUUACCACCUACCUCCAGCGGUCAUGACGCCAUCCUUGUCGUCAUUGACAAGUUCUCCAAAAUGGGACACUUCAUCCCGACACACACGACGGCACGCACCGAGGAGACAGCACAGCUCUUCGUUCGUCACAUCAUCUCACAGCAUGGCAUCCCAACUACACUCAUUUCCGACCGAGACCCCAAGUUCACCAGCAAGUUCUGGAAGGAACUUAUGUCUCUUCUCGGGACCAAACUCGCCAUGUCAUCCGCAUACCAUCCGCAGACAGACGGACAGACCGAGCGCCUCAACCAAAUUGUUGAGCAACUCCUCCGAGCAGCCUGCAAGGACGACAUCUCCAAAUGGGACUUGCACCUGCCCGUACUCGAGUUUGCUUACAACAAUGCUACACAUGCCGCUACUGGACAGACGCCGUUCUUCCUCUGCUACGGACGCCACCCACUCACACCACAAAAACCGACAGCAUCAGCUACAGCUUAGGUGAGCGGCCUAGCUCUGCCCCGG